AUGCCGUGCUGCGACCGCGACGGCGCGACGAUGGCGUUCUGCGUGGGAUGCGUAGACAUCAUCUGUUCGCAAGGCCCAGGCGGCGUCGGCCGGUGCCCCAAGUGCCGAGCGCUCGUUCGCCGCUCGAACGACGGCGCGCGCGGGGUGUUCGUGGGCGCCGAGCUUCACGGCACGUGCAGGAUGUGCCUGCAGUCGCGGACGAUCGUGGACGUCGAGAGGAACGUGUGUGACGCGUGCGAGCUCGGCGCCAGGCACGCGUUGUGGUACGAGUGCCGAGCGUGCGCGGCCACGCAGCGCAUCCCGCAUCCGAUGUGGCGUUACCAGCCCUCCGCGGCGACCUUCGGGAACGUCACCUGGGCGUGCCAGCGAUGCGGCGACUACACGAAUUGGAGAGUCCACCCGGACGACGCGGACGGCGUUCCGCUGGGGGACGCGCCGGAGAGCUGGGGCGUCCGCGAGCGCUGGCUCGAGGACGUGCGGCGGACGCGGAACGAAGGAAGAGGGCGACGCGAGGAGGACGCGGGGGGGUUCGUUGACGGCGCGCACGGAUACGGGGGCUGGAACGUGCGAAUGCGACGCGCGAACGGGGGAGCGCAGUUUCGGUUUCAGUUAAACUGCGCGAUUUCGUGAUGAUCAGACGAUAGAUAUGAUAUCGCGCGGGGGCGCGCGCGCAGUGCGUGUGGUAGUUGAGAGGGGCGGGGGGCUUCGGGGCUGGAAGACGACGCGGACGAACGAGAGCACGCGACGCGAAAGCGACGAAAGAGAAGCGCGAGGAUAGCACUUAUGCGAUAGAGUUAACGCAUCGCAUCAUAUAACAAACGCUCGCGAGCUAAGAU